AAAGAAAUAUAUAUAUGAGAGAAGAAGAAAGAAGAGGGGGAAAAUAGGGAAAUAAUAGAAAUAAUUAGAAGAAUGGGAAGAGGGAGAGUAGAACUGAAGAGAAUAGAGAACAAGAUCAAUAGACAAGUGACAUUCGCUAAACGAAGAAAUGGUCUAUUGAAGAAAGCAUAUGAACUUUCAGUUCUAUGUGAUGCUGAAGUUGCUCUCAUCAUCUUCUCUAAUAGAGGCAAACUCUAUGAGUUUUGCAGCAGUUCAAGCAUGCUCAAAACUCUAGAGAGAUACCAGAAAUGCAACUAUGGAGCACCAGAGCCCAAUGUCUCCACAAGAGAAGCCUUGGAACUGAGCAGCCAGCAGGAGUAUUUGAAACUUAAAGCUCGCUAUGAAGCUCUGCAACGAUCCCAAAGGAACCUUUUGGGAGAAGACCUUGGCCCAUUGAGUAGCAAAGAACUUGAAUCUCUUGAAAGGCAACUUGAUAUGUCACUCAAGCAAAUCAGAUCAACAAGGACUCAGUAUAUGUUAGAUCAGCUCACUGAUCUUCAACGUAAGGAACAUCUUCUUAAUGAAGCAAACAAGACUCUGAAACAAAGGUUAGUAGAAGGGUAUCAAGUAAAUGCUCUUCAAUUGAACCAAAGUGCUGAUGAUAUGAUGUAUGGAAGACAGCAAGCUCAGCCACCUGGUGAUGCCUUCUUCCAUCCUCUAGAUUGUGAACCCACCCUACAAAUUGGGUAUCAACCAGAUCCCAUAACAGUGGUCACUGCUGGGCCAAGCAUGAAUAAUUUCCUGCCAGGAUGGUUGCCUUGAAAAACCAAAAUGAAAAAAGACAAAAAGAGAGAAAAAAAAUGGAAAUUCUUCCAUUAAAUUUGAAAAAAAAUUAGAAAAGAAAAAAAAAAAGCAGUGAUUUUCUUUGCUUUUAAUUUUCUGUUGCUUAUUCUAAACCCCCCCUUCAGAAAAAAAAACAUUUUUCAUUGCUUGGAACUUUAAUAUAUAUAUAUAUAUAUAUAUAUAUAUAUAUAUAUUAAUACAAACUCUGCACUUAUUAAGUCUUUGUAAGGAAAUUAUGUGUAUGUUAUGGGCACUUUCCUUUCUCUUAGAGGUUCAAGAGACUUUGCUUUUUGAACAACAAUUGUAAUUUGAUUAUUUUUCUUUCUUUGUCAUAAAGUUGAAAGUUUGUGUGUA